AGGCUCAGAUUUCCAUACCGCAAGUUUUAACCUAAAGCACUAGGGGGAAGACAAAUAUCUGACCGUGUAUCAGUGGGUUGGGGCGAUUUCUAGCCUAAUUGUAUUAGGCUAUAAAUGACCAUACAGUAAACAGUAAUAUGUCAGAUUAAAAUCAGUUUAAGUAGUGUGUAAUACUGUCCAUAGUUUAUUUUAUUUUAAAGUAGCCAAAUUAGUAUUUAAUGUCACAGUAACACAUAGGUAGCUUGCAAUCGUUUUCCCUAUUCAUCUAUAUUCAGAAAGCAGUCUUCAGAAAGAAAGGAAGAAAACAACGAGUCUUGUCGAUUUCGCAAUCGGGCCUAUAAAUGUUCACUUGUCGAAACUUCAUAUCCCAAACCUCACACUAAAAAUUAACGGUAAAGGAUUCAACGCAGAGUUUAUGGUUCAACGUCAAUGAGGAAAGUUUGCUGUUGAACUGCUGAUUACGAGAAACUGGUUCUGUAAUUAUAGACCGUGACAAUGGACGAACCUAGUGAAAUUGAGUACACAAAAACAAACUUUUCUCUGAUAAUUUGGAGAGUUUGCAAUGUAUGCAUGUCAUUGUUCUUUGCUCUAGCAAGUUAUGUGCAGAUUAACGAUCCGGAUGCAGUAUUAUGGAUGGUUGCCUAUGCUAUUCCAGCAAAUCUGUGUUUAUUGGUUGGCAUUAAACCACAUGUAACAGAGACAGUACUUUGGAGGAGAAUUGCUCAACUUCAUGUGCUUAUUUCGACUGCUGGUUUCAUGAUGGGAUGGACUCUGUAUAAAGAGGGCAUCACAAAUAUCUUCCAGCAAGAGGAGGGAAGGGAAUUCUCUGGUCUCAUGUUGAUACUUGUCUGGCUUCUCCUGUGUCAACACUCUGGAAGUUCUAUUGGGGCUUUCAGACUGUCUGCUGCUGUUGCCAUCACAAUCUUCCCCUUUGGCUGGCUGUACUACUACAUUAACAAGGAGCUGAGGACCAGCUGGCCCUCGCAUUGUAAAACUGCACUGUAGAUAUCCAUUCAUUAAGAUAGUCCAGUGACGAGUGAGCAACAUCUCAUGCGUGAUGGAUCAUUUACAAGAGGAUAUGACCUAGCUACAGAGGCUUCUACAGUAUGGAAUACUACUAAUGUGUACAUUUGUAAAUAAAAAGCCAAUGACGGCAGUCAGUGAAAUCAUGGAUGCAUUGUUUAAAAAGACACGUAUGGUUUAGCAGCAGUGUUUUUGACAUCCAAAUAAGUGACGAAAUGUCAUCAAUUAUAAUAUAUAUUGUAUAUGAUUGACAAAUUUUUCUUUUUUACUGGAAUCAUAUGUUUCUCUUUCUGACCAUUUUGUUGUUGUAGGCAACCCAUUGCACUUGUGGUGAUAUCUGGUGGAAUCACAGUAAAAUAAAGCAAUUUAAU